AUGUCUUGUGUUACAGAAGAUGCAGAGGGGAUUGAAGAACAGCAGUGGGAGAGCAUCCGUGUGCCCAUCCUAGUAGUCCAUGCAGUAGUACAUUUCCUAGCUGUAGUUGCAAUUUUCCUUGCCAGUUAUCUGGAAAGGCAAAACCGGAAGCCUCUAGAAAGUAAUAAGCCUAUGAUCUCCCUCUGGGGCCAUUUGAGUGGAGUGUCUUACAAGUCAAUCAGUUUGUUCCUGUUCCCCACUGUCAGUUUUACCUGGGGCUCCUGUGGGGAAGUCUCAAGUGAGUGGUUUAAGUCCAAGGGAGCCCUCGGGCCUCUUCAUGCUGAUUUGGGAGCUGCUCCAGUUUGGACCUUCAUAAGGAGGGGGCCCAAUAGCUUGCGGUGCUUUGUGCUCCUCGACAGUGACGGCUUUCAGUCAUCUGAAAGGAUCAUUUGGCCAGAAGUAGCAAAUGUCCCUUGCUGCUUAGAGCUGAGUGAUUCAGUGUCUCAUAUUUCUAACCAGAAAAUUUACUCAAGCCUUACACUGAAGCAAGAAGUUUCAGACUCCCUGAAUACUUACCCUGCUUCAGACCUGGAACUAGCUGUUGUUCCUUUUCAUGGAGGAUGUGGCAUCAUGAGACCUGGCCUCAAUGCCAUUCUGGGACCCACAGGUGGAGGCAAAUCUUCGUUGUUAGAUGUCUUAGCUGCAAGGAAAGAUCCACAUGGAUUAUCUGGGGAUGUUUUGAUAAAUGGAGCACCUCGACCUGCCAAUUUCAAAUGUAAUUCAGGUUAUGUGGUACAAGAUGAUGUCGUGAUGGGCACUCUGACAGUGAGAGAAAAUUUACAGUUCUCAGCAGCUCUACGGCUUCCAACAACUAUGACGACUAAUGAAAAAAAUAUGCGGAUUAACAGGGUCAUUCAGGAGUUAGGUCUGGAUAAAGUGGCGGAUUCCAAGGUUGGAACUCAGUUUAUCCGUGGUGUGUCUGGAGGAGAAAGAAAAAGGACUAGUAUAGGAAUGGAGCUUAUUACUGAUCCAGCCAUCCUGUUCCUAGAUGAGCCCACAACUGGCUUAGACUCAAGCACAGCAAAUGCUGUCCUUUUGCUCCUGAAGAGGAUGUCUGAACAGGGACGAACAAUCAUUUUCUCCAUUCAUCAGCCUCGUUACUCUAUCUUCAAGUUGUUUGAUAGCCUCACCUUGUUGGCCUCAGGAAGACUAAUGUUCCAUGGGCCUGCCCAGGAGGCCUUGGGUUACUUUGCAUUAAUGGGUUACCAGUGUGAGCCCUAUAAUAACCCUGCAGACUUCUUCCUGGAUGUCAUUAAUGGAGACUCCUCUGCUGUGGUAUUAAACAGACAGGACCAGGCGGGUGAAGCCAAGGAGACUGAAGAACCUUCCAAGAGAGAUAUUCCACUCAUUGAAAAAAUAGCUGAGUUUUAUGCCAACUCUGCCUUCUCCAGAAAAACAAAAGAUGAAUUAAAUCAACUCUCAGAGGGUCAGAAAAAGAAGAGCUCAGCCUUUGGGGAGAUCACCUAUGCCACCUCCUUCUGUCAUCAACUCAGAUGGAUUUCCAAGCGUUCAUUCAAAAACUUACUGGGUAACCCUCAGGCCUCUAUAGCUCAGAUAAUUGUAACAAUCAUCCUGGGAUUGGUUAUAGGUGCCAUUUUCUAUGAUUUAAAAAAUGAUUCUACAGGAAUCCAGAAUAGAUCAGGGGUGCUCUUCUUCCUCACGACCAACCAGUGUUUCAGCAGUAUCUCAGCUGUGGAGCUUUUUGUGGUUGAGAAGAAGCUCUUUAUACAUGAAUAUAUCAGUGGAUACUACAGAGUGUCAUCUUAUUUCUUUGGAAAACUGAUAUCUGAUUUACUACCCAUGAGGAUAUUACCAAGUAUUAUAUUUACUUGUAUAAUAUACUUCUUGUUAGGAUUGAAACCAGUUGUGGAGGCUUUCUUCAUCAUGAUGUUUACCCUUAUGAUGGUGGCUUAUUCAGCCAGUUCUAUGGCACUGGCCAUAGCAGCAGGCCAGAGUGUGGUAUCCAUAGCAACACUUCUCAUGACCAUCUCCUUUGUGUUUAUGAUGAUAUUUUCAGGGCUGUUGGUAAAUCUCACAACCAUCCAGCCUUGGCUAUCAUGGCUUCAGUACUUCAGCAUUCCUCGAUACGGCUUUGCGGCUUUGCAGCAUAAUGAAUUUUUGGGACAAAACUUCUGCCCAGGACUCAACAUAACAACAAAUAAUACCUGUAGUUAUGCGACAUGUACUGGCGAAGAAUUUUUGGUAAACCAGGGCAUCGAUAUCUCCCCUUGGGGCCUGUGGAAGAAUCACGUAGCCUUGGCAUGCAUGAUUGUUAUCUUCCUUAUAAUUGCCUACCUAAAAUUGUUAUUUCUUAAAAAAUUUUCUUAA